UCCAAAAAACGCCACGCCAAUUUAACGCUAGAUAAAAUGAUGGAAAAAUUCCUGCAGCAGAGCGUGGAUACAGAAGAGAAGUUUUACAGAUACGAAGAGCAGAGGCUCAAAAUCGAGGACAAGCGCCGCGAAGCCGAGCACGCUCGAGAGCUCCAGAUGUUACAGAUGUUGGGACAGAUGUUGGCAGGGAUUUCCUCCACGGUAUCCCAGAGGUCACAGUCUAUACCGGCGAGUCCACCUCAGCGAGCGAACCAUCGUUCCUAUGGGGAUAACUUUAAUUAUAGUGCUAUGACAGCAGCACUUUCUCCACCCAUAGUGAUAGAGAGGACUUUCUCCCUGCACAGAACACACACUCUGAAGGACAUGGAGAACAUCUUUCAGCUGGUGCGCAACGUCAUCCCCCCUCUGACAGGGAAGAGGCAUAAAGGCCAGGAUGGGCGUAUAGGCAUCGUUGGAGGAUGUCAAGAAUACACUGGAGCACCAUAUUUUGCUGCAAUUACAGCUCUCAAAGUGGGUGCAGAUUUAUCCCAUGUGUUUUGUACCAAAGAUGCAGCAACAGUAAUCAAAUCAUAUAGUCCAGAGCUGAUUGUCCAUCCAGUUCUUGAUAGUCCAAAUGCUGUCCAUGAGGUGGAAAAGUGGUUACCACGACUGCACUCAGUUGUCAUAGGACCUGGCUUAGGUAGAGAUGAAGUUCUGCUUGAGAACGCUAAGGGUAUUAUAGAAAAAUCAAAACUGAAAGGAAUUCCCAUCAUUAUUGAUGCUGAUGGACUGUGGCUCAUUUCCCAGCAACCUUCUCUUAUUCAAGGCUACCAACGAGCUAUCCUCACUCCCAACUACAUGGAGUUCAGCAGGCUCUAUGAAGCCAUGCUCAGAGACCCUGUAGACAGCAGUGAUCACCACGGGUGUGUGCUGAGGCUCAGCCAGGCCAUGGGCAAUUUGACAGUUGUUCAGAAGGGAGAAAGAGAUCUCAUUUCAGAUGGAGAGAAAGUGCUGGUGUGCAGCCACGAGGGGAGCAGCAGGAGGUGUGGAGGACAGGGGGAUCUCCUCUCUGGCUCUCUGGGAGUCCUGGCACACUGGGCCUUCCUUGCUGGAGCUGAAAAAACCAACGGUCAAAACCCCUUCCUGGUGGCUGCUUUUGGAGCUUGCUCUCUUACAAGGCAGUCUAACCACCAAGCCUUCCAAAAAUUCGGCCGUUCAAUGACUGCCUCUGACAUGGUUUCAGAACUUGGAACAGCUUUUAACAAACUUUUUGAAACCUGA